AUGACCUCGGUCACAGCUGCGGAAGUCUCUCCCCGUCGUCGAGUUUUUCUUGAGGACCAUCUGUGGAGGAUCUGGUUCCGUCGUAAUAAUAGCUACCUCCGGAACAGGGUCACGUCAGCCCGAGUAACCAAAGAUGCCUUACAUGGUGUGUCCUUAGAAGAUGCCCUUUCGAUAUGUGGGUUCGGAAGGUACCAGCGAUUCAUCGCUUUAGUCGGCGGCCUCUGCUGGCUGUCAUGUGCCCUCCAGAACUCCUUAAGCGCCUACAUCCUACCAUCAAUCAAGUGUGAGAUGCACGUAUCCAGCUCCAUGCUUGGUCUUUUCAACGCUGUGUUUCUCGCAGUCUGGGAUUCCAGCCAUCCACCCAGGGACCCCUGUAAUCUGGAGGCUCCAUCUCCAGCUAUACUCCAAUCAGCCCCGCUCUUCAACGACUGGUUUUAUGAUAAGAUGUUUAAUUUCCGAUCCUUCGGCGGACUUCCUGGCAUCGGAAGGCGACCAGUCCUGAUCUACGGGAUGGCCAUCGACUCCUGCCUCACCAUCAUAUCAUCCUUCUCGCAGAACUUCUACCUCCUGUUGGUGGCACGCUUCCUCAGUGGGUUCAUAGUCGGUGGCCCAGCAGCAAUAAUUCCAGCAUUUGUUGGUGAAUUCCAACCUGGCAGUAAAAGACAGCAAGUAAUAUGUUACCUUGGUUUCUUCUGGACAGUUUCAUGGGUGAUACUUCCAGGUGUAGCAUGGCUUAUCAUACCCAUGAAUAUACACCUCCAUUGGGGUGGAUAUAGCUACUCCUCUUGGCGGUUCAUAAUACUUCUUGUGAGUGUACCUUCCCUCAUCUCAUCAGUACUUAUCCAUCGUUACCCUGAAAGCCCGCGAUUCCUACUGGCUCAAGGAAGGGCUCCUGAGACUCUUGAUAUCCUUUCAAGCAUUUGGGAAGUUAAUACUGGAAAAAAAGCUGAUAAUUACCCUGUGAAAUCAUUAGAUUAUGUUACAAAUACUUCUGCGAUUAAAGAAGAACCAAAAUCAAUCUGGCGACCCCUGAAAAUGAUGCUCACCCAAUGGCAGUCACUUCUUGCUAUGCCAGUUCUUCCAAUAACUUUACUCGGCUGCUUCUUAUUUUUCUCAAACAUGUUCGGAUACUAUGGACUUGGUCUCUGGCUACCUGAAUUAGUAAACAGAUUCGAGGCCCACUAUGCAGUCAGUAAUAAAACUGUUACGUUAUGUGAUUUGACUUCAAAAGUUGACAAUUCUGAAGAAAGCAAUGAAGAAUGUGUGAUCCCAUCAACAGUUUUCAUGCAGUCUCUCGUAAUAGGAUCAAUGGGUCUUGUUGGAAAUGGAUUAUCAGGCCUUUUGUCUUCAAAGUUUCCAAGACCAGUCAUGCCAGUGAUAUUAAUGGCUGCAGCAGGAGUUUCAGUAUUAACUCUGUACUUAGUACAAAGCUCUUUCCAAAAUCUCUUGGUUUCAACAAUAUUUCAAUUCUGCAUAGGAACCUGCAAUAUGGUGUACAAUGCUCUAGUAGUUGAUAUGUUCCCAGCAGAUAUUAGUGGUAUAGCUAUCUGCAUGUGUGUUAUGUCAGGAAGACUUGGAGCUAUGGUUUCAAAUUUAGUUCUAGGUCACCUCCUAGAUGUCAGCUGUUUUGUACCAAUUCUCUUAUGUGCAGCUAUUAUAUUACUUGGAGCUGUCUUCAGUGCCUUCAUUCCUAAAGUUCCAUACUGCGAACAAAUCAAAGAACAAGAGAAGUCUGUGAUAAAAGCUUAAAUUUUUGUCAGUGAUAUUGUUCAGUUUCAGUAUUGUUGAAAUCUUACUAGGCAUUUGCAAAUAGAGGCUGUAAAUAAGAAUACAAGUAUUUGUAAAUAGUUAUCUUAAUUGACCAGAGACAGAGAAUUUUUCUCACAUUUUUUAUGUGAAUUGAUUAAAUUAUAUUAGAUGUGGUUAAAUCGUUUUGGAAAUGUUUUAAACAACUAUUAAUAGAAUAAACACUCAUUAAAAAAACAAGGAAACAAAUAAGAUGAAAAGUACUGUCUAACAGAAAAAUAUUAUUUUAUUUUUCUAUUUAACAAUUCAAUUUUUCUUAUAGAAUGAAUUGCAUUGUUUGUUUGUUUUUUAAUUUACUAAAUAUUACACAACAAUGAUCAUUAGAUAUUAAUAGUCUGAAUAUAAUUUCAUAAUAAAAUAAGUUUAAAAAAUAUUGUCGUUGAUUAAAAUAUUUUUUUUAAUAAUCAAAGAUACUUACGCUUCAGGAAUAGAAGCUGUCUAUUGAAUACAAUUGGUGCAUAUUGAAUGCCGAAGUGGUGCUAUUAUUUGCAGUAGCUAAUACAAACUAAUGAAGCAUAACUUCAGAUACACAAACACAAUCUAGAAUUUUGAAUAAAAUAUUUAAUUUUCAAAGAAAAUGAAUAAUUUUAUAAAGUAA